UAUGAAUAUUCCAUAAAAGAAGGAGAUAUUUGGAAGACAAUUCAAGAAGUACAAAAGCUUAGAAUUAUUUAUUUAGAUAUCUUAUGCUUUAUAAUUAUUUCAUCCAAAAAGAAUUCAUGGUAAAUUAUUGUUAUCGAAUGUUUUUUAAGUUCAAGGUAUCACUAUUCUAGGUGAGAUGAAUAUUCCCUUUUAUUUAAAUAAUUAGAAUUAUACUGAUAGUUAUUUAUUAGCACCUGAAUUCAUCAGGACAUAAAAAUAUGAUUAUAAAUCAGAUAUUUGGAUGAUGGGAUAUAUGUUGUAUUAGAUGAUGUUUAAGGAUCCACUUAUUAUUGCAAAUAAUGUAGAUGUUUUACAUAAAAAAAUACUUAAAGGAGUUCAUAUUACAUACAAUCCAAAUUAUAGUCUUAACUUAAACAAUUUAUUAAAGUUGAUGUUGGGUUAUGAUCCUGAACUUAGACCUAAUGUUGAAUAAAUCUUAUUCUAUUGUUAAUAAGCUUAAAUUUCUUAAGAAGAAAUUAAUUUGAAUAGAAUUUUACCAAAAUUUAAAGCAGAUAAAUUAAUAUUACACAAAAGGAGAAUUCAAAAAAAAUAUUAAGCUAUUGAAAAUAUUGUAUAUUUAAGUGAAGAUAAUCAUAAAUAACCUUAUUUUCCUCCAUCUAAAAUUAAAAAGUAGAAUAAAUCAAUUAAACAGCUUACUUAUGCUUCUGAUUUUAAUUUUGCUAGGAAAACUAUGUAUUCUAUGUCAUUACCAAAAGUAUUGAAUUAUGAAUUUAGCAAAAUUAAAAUUAAAGAUAGUAUUGAUUAAUUAGAUAUGUAAUUUUUAAUUAUCUAUUUCUCUAGACCAUAAACCAAAUCUCAUAUUCAACUACUUAAAGUGGAUAAUCUCAUUAAAACUCAAAAAAAUAUUGUUUAAACUACAAAUAGGAUGACUCAUAAUUAAAUAGUAUUUGUCAAUAGAAUGACUUGA